AUGGCAAAUUCUAGAUCUCUUUUGCAGCUGCUUCGUCUUUUAGACCACGGCAACGAUGACAAUGAAACAGAAACUGACAUUGACGAUGAACCGGUGGAGACACAGCCCCGACACUCACCCAACUCUGAUGUCGCUGCUACUCCUCAGCAACGAGUCAAGCCACAGAAGCAGUCCCCUGCAUCGUUUAACAACAAAGGCACCCAAAACAUGACAGGUCUUAUAAACAACACUGGUUACACCAAAGGCAAUGGUAAUGGAGCCAUCAUUUUUGGUGGUUUUGAUUCCUCCAAUAAGCGAUAUUAUCGCUAG